UAUCCUUUUCAAAAUGGGUCGAGGUAUUGAUGGAAUUUGUUAAGAAAUAACAGUAUUACACUUGAAAAGUUGGUAUUUGAUUGCGGUGUUCGGUUACUCUAAGUAAACGGUCGCAGAAAAGUUGUACGGUUGUUAUACUCUCCGAUGUUAUUCCAGUGCGCCAGACUGCUGGUUUUCGUUUAACUUUCCGCUUUAAUCAAUAUUGUUUCCCUUGGAACAACUUGCAUGAAUCAUCAACCAUGGAAUUCUAAAUGUUGUUACCUUGACUACCAUUUUCGCUGGGUGUGCGUUUCCGCAGUGCGAGAGUGAUAUAUUUGAAAACAUCAAACUCGAGUGUGACCAGGAAAUUUCGAAAACAAUGGCCAUGGAAGUGUUUCAAACGGAGUCACAUUACAUUUUUUUGAAAAAAGAACGCAGUCUCUGGUGGAACCGAUACACAUCGGAGUUUCAAGUCAAGUGUGGAUGGGACCUGUCCUCGGUGGACGACAUUGAGUGCAUUGGUGUGACGCAUGGCAUAGUGGGCACCAUCGCACUGCAAGGCGUCUUGGAGCCGCAUCUCAUCGUGAUAAAGGAAGUGGUUCCGGUCGGCGUUCUGUAUGCACCGCAUCUGGUCUACAAGAUCAAAAGCAUUGCUGUGCUAGGCCCGGAGGGGGCGGAUGUUUUGUUGCUGAACUGCAGCAAGCACAACACGAACCAUGCGAUUAAAGUGGCCCCAGUUGGCGGUGCCACCAGCGAUGGCGGACAUCCGUCGCCCAAAAGUCGACUGUUUGAGAGUUCGGCGCUGGUGAACAAGACGUGGGGCGCCGUGAAGAGUGCGGGCAGUUCGAUACGCAACACGACGGAAAAGGCGGCCGCCAUCGCGACUAGCCAGGUCAAGUCGACCGUAAGCAUGGUGGUGAAAGACCCAGUGCGCGUCGAGAAGCGCGUUAUCGACGAGCUGCACAAAAUAUUCGACGACACGGAUAGCUUCUACUACAGCCACAACUGUGAUAUUACCAACAAUUUGCAGCGGCGCGGUGCGCCCCCGGAUGAUCGGUUCUACUGGAACCGUACCAUGCUGACCGAUCUGCUGCGGGUUGCACCGGACGAGCAACCGAACUGGGUGCUACCCAUCAUACAGGGGUUCGUGCAGGUGGAACAGUGUGUCAUCGGAAACGAAUGUUUUACGCUGGCCCUUGUGUCGCGCCGGUCGCGAAAUCGGGCUGGCACGCGCUACAAGCGCCGCGGCGUUGACGAGCACGGCAACUGUGCCAAUUACGUCGAAACGGAGCAGGUACUGUCGUUGCGGCAGCACCAGAUCUCGUUCACGCAGGUGCGUGGCUCGGUGCCGGUCUACUGGAGCCAGCCGGGGUACAAAUAUCGACCACCGCCGAGGCUUGAUAGGGACGAGUCGGAGACGCAGCUCGCCUUCGAGCGCCACUUCGACGGUGAGCUGAGUAUUUACCAAUCGAUUUGCAUCAUCAAUCUGGUGGAGCAGAGCGGCAAGGAGAAAGUCAUUGGCGAUGCGUACGCCAACCAUGUGCUGAAGUAUAAUUCCGAUAAGUUGAUAUACGUAACAUUCGAUUUCCACGAGUAUUGCCGCGGGAUGCGUUUCGAGAACGUUUCCUCUCUGAUUGAGUCGCUCGCCCCGGAGGCCGGUGCGAUGGGCUUUCACUGGCGCGACAACAACGGGCCGAUCUGCAACCAGAAGGGCGUGUUCCGGGUGAACUGCAUGGACUGUCUCGAUCGCACCAACGUGGUGCAGACGGCCAUCGGCAAAGCGGUGCUAGAGUCGCAACUGGUGAAGCUCGGUCUGGCCAUGCCGUACUCGCAGCUACCUGACCAGCUGAAGGCUCCGUUUAUGGUACUAUGGGCGAACAAUGGUGAUGUGAUCAGCCGACAGUACGCGGGCACCAAUGCCCUAAAGGGUGACUACACGCGUACUGGAGAGCGGAAAAUCUCCGGCAUCAUGAAAGAUGGUAUGAACUCGGCAAACCGCUACUUCAUACAACACUUUACCGAUACGUUUCGGCAGAGUUGCAUUGAUUUACUGCAGGGCCAGUUGCGGGAGGUAGAACAGUUCGCCGUCGAUGACGUUCCGGCGGCCCUGGCCGGCAUUGCCAGUACGGCGCUCGUUCCGUCCGGCCCGGUACCGCUAGCGUAUUACAACUAUGGGCAGAUGAGGGCCGAACACAUUUUGCUCGAGCAACUGUUCGACAAUGCCAGUUACUAUCUGGCCCGGUUUAAGGACACCUAUCGUCAGGCGACGAUCGACAUGAUGCUAGGAAACAACGUUUCACCCGAAUCAGUGUCGGCACUCGGUGGCAGUCAGACGUCGGCGACCGAUGAAACGGACGCACUGGAGGGUGCGGAACACGCCCGGCUGCUCGUGGAGGACUGCCGGCGGCUGCUGCUCGGCACGACCCAGCUUCCCGUUGGUGCGUGGGGUCUAAUCGACGCCGAUCCUGGCACCGGUGAUCCGAGCGAAACGGAAGUGGACACCAUUCUGAUACUGACCGACGACUGUUACAUCGUCGCCGAGUACGAUUCGCACCUGGACAAGAUCGUGCGCUUCGAGAACGUGCCGCUGGACAGCAUCACGCUGAUCGAGCUCGGGCUGUUCCAGCACAACAAGAUGUUCCAAGGGCCGGCCCCGGCCCAUCUCUGCAUCCGGCUGAACUACGCCGUGGACGGGGUGGACGGGUACUUCCACAUGUUCCGCUCGCCGAACAUUCGCUUCUUCAACAACGUGGCGGUCGUGAUCCGCAAGACGGAGGAGAUCACCGAGUCGCUGACCGCGAUCGUCGACCUGUUCCGCAUCGCGCUCCAGAACCGUGGCCGGCUGGACGUGCACUUCCAGUGCGGGGGCAGCCUGCAGCGGCGCAAAAGCCGCACGCUGCUCUCGGUGCCGGCUGGCAUCCCGCGCAACCUCUCCGAGUCGCAGCUGGUGCAGAUGGGCUCGAAGGCGUUCAGCAACAUGGCGGGCCAGUUCAGCAAGAUCGGCCAGACGCUGAACGCGACCAAGAUCGGCCGGGGCGGUAAGAAGGCCGACAACGACGCGCCGAACGCCAGCUCCAAGCGGGACGGCCGGGCGGCGUCAGCGUCCGGGGUGGAUGGGGUGGCCGGAUCGUCUGCCAUGGGGGCGGCGCUGCUGCUGCGCCCGGAGUCCGCCUACGGCAGCGGGCACAGCCGGUCCGAGCGGUCCUGUUCCGACUCGGAGGAAGCCGACGGCAGCAGCAUCUACGAGCCGGAGCUCGAUCUGGUCGAGCAGAAUCCGCUGUACAACGAGAACGUGUUCCUGCCCUCGGUCGGCAUCGUGAUGGGCGGUACGAACAACGAUGCGGACGACGGGGGGGCCGGUGGCACGAACGUGCUGGAGGAGCGGGACAGCAUCGCGAAGAUGUCGUCGGACGUGUCGACCAUGUCGAUUUCGUCCGUGACCGACAACAUCAACAUGCCGGUCGGCAUGCUGGAGUGUGCCUCGCCGAUACGGGUCAGCAGCCCAACGCCGGAGAUAUUCGUCGACGGUGGCAGCGAGGGGCUGGUCGGUGGCGCGGGCAGGCAGCAGGUGCGCAACAUGAGCCUCAAUCUGCAAGCCCCGCCAGGCGCCGGCGCCGGCCAAAGUGGAGGCGAUAAUGCGCUGCGCCAGCUCAAGAAGCUCACCAGCCCGCUGUCGAACAUCGGCAAGGGCCUGCAGACGCUCGGUGCGAAUCUGGAUCCGCGAAAAAUCACCGUCAAGAGCCCGGUCGUUCCGGUGCGGAGCGCUAGCAGCACCUUUGACGAGAUCAAGCAGCUGGAAGAGAAGUGGGAAAGGUCCAACUGCCGCACAAAGCUGAUCGCACUGUAGGAUGGCCCUCGCGCGCCCUCAUAUUCGUAGCUGUUGCCCUCCCUUGAAACCCUCACCACGUUCAGUCGUCACCGAUUGACAGCAGCACAAUCUUAAUCUCACGUAGUGUUACACACCCGAGCAGCAUUAAUCGAUCAGAGUUGCUUUACAUCGCUCUCGACUUACCACGUUCUUAGUCAAGAAGCGCAACCUGGUCAGAGCACUGAAUCUGAUGCUUCAAAUUUGAACCGUGGGAAAAAAGGCUCAUCUGAUAGAUUUAUGUCGCUAUUGGGACGUUUAUCGCAUCGAUCCUACGCUGGCCACGGACCCGUUUGGACACCAUACCAAAGCCUCUGCCAAUAUAACGUAAAUUAGUUUAACUACGAAAAGCAGUAUCGGAGGUAGUGAACCCUCCCUGUCUGGUCGCCAACGUCAACAGAACGCUUGCCAUGGACGCUUCGUCUUUGCGCGUGUUUUAAGCAUUGGGAGCCUUUGCUAUUAGUUUUGUUUUGUUGUUAUUGUAUUGUAUUGUAUUGAAGAAGAAAAACACAUGGAAACCGGCUUGACGACGAGCAGGUUGAUACUAGUACUACGUUUUACAGGGACGAAUUCACUUAACCAAAACAAAAAGAAACAAAAAAAUAUAUCGCUUACGGAUAUGGUUUGCAGAUGAUGAAGCAUUAACGGUAGCCCGCGUCGGAUAAGUAUUGUUACAUAUGUUUAAUCAGAUCGUUCGAUUGUUGGAAAAGAUUGUUUCAUAGAGCAAAAAAAAAGGCAAACAACGCUGCGCCCCAAUGUAGCGAAUAGGUAGAACAGUGUGCAACCGGUGUAAAACUGGCGAACGGAAGCUCGCAAGAUUGGGAGAAGGAAGGAAAAUGGAAGAAAAACCAACCCAAAGUCAAUUAUGUAUAGCGACGUAACUUAUUGUAUGAAAAAAAAUCUCACAAGGCUUACACGUAGCGAAGCUUCGCAAAAAUCGAUCGUUCAACAAGGUGCAAUGAUGCACCGCUGCACGUCACAAUGGGACAGCAGAGCGGAAAAUUCGACUCCGUUCGCUUGACCCUCCCCCUGCCCCCCCUCCCAAACAACAUUCCAUUUGCCGCAACAGCGACAGCAAUUAGUACGCACUACAUCGAAGGUAGUUUGUAGCGACGCCGUAGGAAGUUACAGUAGCGCUUGGUUUGUAGAAGAAUGCCAAUGCAAUGAGAAGCAGUAAACGCGGGAGCACCUAGUUUAAGUAGUGAAACAUUUAUAUAUAAACAUAUAAACAAGCACUAGAUGAAUGAGACUAGCCAAUGCUUCGGUGCUCUAGUUGAAGUAACUCCUCUUCUUAGUACGUUUCGGUCGAUAGCUGCCGAUUGGCGAAGCCCUUUUGCUUUAGUGAGCGCAUUUCAACCGGAAACAGUGUAUCUGAACAGCUCUUCUUCGUGUAUUCGUCUGUUGCGUUUGUGUUUUUAAAUGUUACGUUCGGUGCCGCACGCUUCUGCUCGUUUUCCGGUGCGUUGUACCGUCUCGAACCGUACGCGGGGUAAUCUACUAGCAACCGCCGGAUGUGAUCGUUACCUUGUCAGGCUUGAACCCAACCCUUCGGAAAUCUGUAUUAUUAGACGUAUUAUACUUACACACAUAAUAACUCUAGGAUAUAAAAUCGCGCCGCUGGCUUACGUCCUGAACCGCCUGAACAGUUUAGCAGUAUUUCCUUCGUUCGCACCAUAUUACGUACGCUUGUGUUUCGUCCGCUAGAACGGAAACGACGUUGCAAUGGUGGUCUCCAGUUUGCGCCAGUACGCUUCUGGUGUGUGCUUCGAGAACGUUCCGGUUGCCCUUCUUCUUUCGGAGGAGGCAGCUUGGUGGGGGGGUUUCUCGAAAGGCACACCAGUGCGCGUUCUUCCAGUUGGCGCACGGUCGAGUUAUUGCAAUGCGCACAGUAUAACUUUACUUACAAAGAAAUAAAAGUUUU